AAAGUAGGCUCCCCCUUUUUUGACGUAAGUGGUAGCGUCCACUUGGUGCUUCUGCUUCCAUGUUUGUUAUUUUCCUUACGUUUCGCUCACUGCAUCGUAGUUCUACAGAUGCAGUGACAACACAGCUGUUGCACGGCCUGAGUAAAGGGAAAGGACAUUCAGCCUGAGUCACUGUUCCCAUUUUGGAGAGCAGAAAUGGCUUACUCACACGUCCGCAUGAAAAUUCUCCCCAGCGUUCGUUGUCUCUUUGAUAAAAUGGUGCAGGUAAAAGUAGACGGACUCGCUCCGCACAAACAAGUCCAACUGAGGUCCAAGCUAGUCGAUGACCGAGGAAUGAUUUUCAAGGCGUCUGCCGUGUUCAAAGCAGAUGAAAGCGGCCAGGUGGAUGUCUGCCGUGCACCUUCUCUUGGAGGAAGUUACACCGGAGUGGAGCCCAUGGGUUUAUUCUGGUCCCUGGCACCGGAGACCCCACACAGUAAACUUCUGAAGAAGAAUGUGCUCACUCCAACGUUGGUGGAGAUAGAAGCUCUGUGUGGAGAGACUGGUAAGGUCUUAGCCUCUGAAACCAACGAGAGAGGAUUCAUGACAGAGGGGAUGAAGAGAAUACCAGUGGAAGAGGGAAGAAUACGAGGAGUCCUCUUCGUACCGCCUGGAAAGGGUCCAUUCCCAGGAAUUAUAGAUAUGUACACAUUUGGUGGACGUCUUACUGAGCCCAGAGCAAGCCUCCUGGCCAGUAAAGGCUUUGUUGUUCUGGCACUGGCCUAUAUGGGCUACCUGGAUUUACCAACAAACCCUAAAAAGUUGGAUUUGGAUUACUUUGAAGAGGCGGUAACAUUUCUGAGGAAACAUCCAGAGGUGAAAGGUCCUGGGAUCGGCAUUUUAGCAAUCUCUCACAGUGGCGGUAUGGCUUUGGCUAUGUCAUCUUUCCUCUCCGGGAUCUCAGCAACCGUCUGUAUAAAUGGGUGCAACGCCAACACAGUGAUUCCUUUACACUACAAAGACAUUGUUUUACCUCCACUCCCGAUUGUCAUAUGGAAAUUAAAAAUAAAAAAAUUCAGGCUUCUCGAUGUAGGCGAUAUGUUAGCUGACCCUUUCUUAGAAAAGUGCCGGCCGUCAUUGUUUCCGAUUGAACGUGCCAGCUGCCACUUCCUGUUUGCUGUUUCUGAAGGCGACCGCAACUGGAACAGUGCGCUUUUCGCCAGACGGGCGGCUGAAACGCUGAGAAAUAAUGGCAAAGAGUCUUUUGAGGUGGUAACAUACCCUAAAGCUGGACACUUUCUGGAAGUCCCUCACAUGCCUUUUUGUCCGUCUGGGUUUCACGGAGCAGUCGGGACUAAUGUGGUGUUUGGUGGCGAGCCAAAAGCCCACUCCGAGGCUCAGCUGGACCUGUGGGAAAGAGUCCAGGAGUUCUUCAAGAGCCACUUGGACAACAAGAGUACUUGUUAGCCAGCAAUGCUGCAUCAAGUGCAUCAAGCAUCCCAGAACGGCCGUCAUUAACAAAGCUUAACCUUGGCCUUUAGAUUCUAAUCAAUGGGACUUUCAAAUGGUCAUGGUACUGUUCUUUUCUGUGUCGAUGCUUUGGACUUUUCUAGAGAUGAACUGUGCAUGAUUUGGUUCUAACUGACUUUUUCCAAUGAGCCUGAAUGUGCCACAUGACAGAAGACUGUAUUGAGAUAAAAUCGUUUUUACAGCAGAUAUUUUGACUUGUCAUGGCAGGAAAAUCACAGGUGGAGCUAAGUCUGAUAAUAAUGAUGCCUCUGUUCCAGUGAAAUUUCCACUAAGGAAAAGUAAGUGAACAUAUAUGAAACCAGGACCCCGGACCUGAUGCUCCUAAAGGUAAUGUGCUUUUCUUUACACUGACACGACAACAUGUUUCCUGUGAAACACUCCUUACCUCUGUGUCAAACGCCGUAUUAUCACUCCGCCCUUUUCUAUCCAAACACAAAAUAUUUAAACUUUUAUCUCCAACACUGGGAAUACAGGGAUGCUUUGGAUCUUUUAAGUGGUGUUGUAUGAGGUGCUUAUCCAUAUUCAGUGCAUUCAACCCAGUUUGGAGAAGCAGGCAGGAAGUAUAACAGUGUUCUGCUGUUGACAGGGACAACAGCUUAACAUAUUAGCCACCCCAAAAAAAUCAACAUUAAGUUUAAGUGUAUGACAUGUAAAGACUUUUUUAACUGCUUC